UUGAAUUUCAGUGAAGCCAAACACAUUUACUAGAUUUUUUUAUUUUCUUUGACAAAAAAAAAAGGGGUUCCAAUUCUUUCCGUUGGGUUGGGCUCUCUCCUCCAUUCUAUUAUCUUCAGUAUCUGUGAAAUGACGUCGUAUCAGGAGGAGCAUGAGAUGGAUCAAGACGACGACGGAGGAACGACGGACCUCAGCACCAGCGACGGCGACCCGGAGAGAGACUCAUCUCAAAGCAACAUCAAUGGAGUCUCCAAACACUGCAUAUUCAAGGAUAACGCAAGCUACCAAGUUUUGCAGCUGAAGGAGGAGCCAACCGAUUCGGACCCGGACCCGAACCCGAAGGCUCACCCUGUUCCAUUAGGGGUUGUUCCGGUGGCGAUGCAGAUGCCUAUACCAAUAUCCAUGCCCACCCCGCUCAAAGCGACCAGGCGGUCCUCCACCAAGGACCGCCACACCAAGGUGGAGGGUCGUGGCCGCAGGAUCCGAAUACCCGCCACCUGCGCUGCUCGGAUCUUUCAACUGACCCGAGAGUUAGGCCACAAGUCCGACGGCGAAACCGUCCGGUGGCUUCUAGAACACGCAGAGCAAGCCAUCAUCGAAGCCACCGGAACCGGCACCGUUCCGGCCAUCGCCGUCUCAGUCGGGGGAGCUCUAAAAAUCCCAACGACGUCGUCGAGCGAAAACCAUAACCCCGCCGACAAAGCCGCCGCCGCCGCCGCAAACACCAAGAAGCGUAAACGGCCAUCAAACAGCGAGUUCGUGGACCUAAACGACGCCGUUUCGGUGUCGUCCGGUCUAGCCCCGGUUCAAUCGGCAGUACCACAAGGUCUGGUGCCGGUCUGGGCCGUGGGUAACACCAGCAUGGUGGUCCCCACAAACACGUUCUGGAUGAUCCCUCCGAGCACCAACCAGUUGGGUGGAAUUAUGGGCUCGUCAAACCAGCAACCUCAGAUAUGGGCUUUAUCUCCAUCCAUGACGCCCGUGUUUAACAUGGCGGCAAGGCCCAUAUCGCCACUGGUAGCAUCAACGAAUAUUCCAGAAGUUUGGCCCGUGACGGCGGGUUGCAGUAACACUUCUAACUCGGCAGUGAGUACAAGCACGAUGGGGCCGAAGGUGGCAACGAAGUCCAGCAUGGCACCCAGUGUUAGUUCUAGCGGUACUACUACAAGUGGUGGUAGCAAGGCUCAGAUGUUAAGGGAUUUUUCGUUGGAAAUUUACGAUAAGCAAGAGUUGCAAUUCAUGGGCCGGUCUGGGACUGAGACUCAACAUACGCAAGCUUCCAAUCAAUGAAAAAAUAAAGGUAACAGAGUUCCACUGUUGCUAAACAAUGCCGGUUCAUCUUCAAAGCCUAACUCUUGAUAUGGUGGUCCUUCGGAGGAGGAGAAUGAUAGUGCAGAGAAUGAUAGUGCAGACUCCAACAAUUCAUCUGCAACGAUUCCAAAGUCUACUAAUCAUCAGCCAAACUGUGCAGAUGAUAAAUCCAAAUUUCAUCAUUUAUUUGUAUUAAUUAGGUUAUGUCCUGUCUUAUAAAAUCUCAUCUUAAAAUGCCAAUUCCUAUUGACGGACUAACAAAAAUUGUUUAUGUGACAAUCACGUGAAUGAGAAGCAGUUGACUGGUGAUAUUUGAAUCACUAUUCUAGCUCACUAUGGCUAUUAUUUAUUUAUCCUUGUCGGGUUGAGAUAUUUAGCAAAAUGGUGGGUUAAUGAGUGUUCCAAAUUGAAUUAGAGACUAGUUUGGUCUCCAAAACUAGGCAGAGCCGUAGAUAAUAGAAAUUAGGGAAGAUAAAGAAAGUAUGAAUAAUAGAAGUAUAUUUAUUAUCUUUUUUGCCAAAUAGGAUGACUCAAAUGUUCAUCUAUCGAGUUCUUGCCACUGUGAUGUCUUUUGUGUGUCAUGUAGGCAAUUUAUGUUAGUCUUUGAAACAGAGUUAGUAUUUGGGGCAAAAUUGGUGACAUUUAUGUAAAACAUUAGAUGUUACAUAAACGAAUAAAAGUAUAGGGAUAAAAAUUAAAAUUGACAGCUGAGACUUACUUAAAAGAGCAAAGGUGCAUUUUGGCCUUAACUAAUUUUAUCAUGGUCAAUGACAUUUCUAUAGAAGGGGGCGACCUUAUUCCAUACUUAAUCUAUAAAUUAAAUGACUUUCAACAUCCUAUCUUAAAACAAAAUUGUGUUUUAGAUUAUUUUUUUCCCCAGUUAGGUGGCUAUAUGAAUCUUGUAAAGAUAUGUUACUCAGAAAUCUAGUAUUGUUAGCAAUUUCAAAUCUCAUAGGUUUUUCUUUUGUUUCUGCUGGUUACAGUUUUAAUGGCCU